CUCCUUAUCAGUAGUGUCGAUUUUAAAGAGACCUUUGCCGCCAGUGAGAGCAAAUGAUCAGUUAGUAUUAGGGAGCCACUAUAGCUUGUAGUGUUUAUUUUUCAAUUUGUAUCGCUGCCCGUCUUAAAUUUGACCGGCAGAGUUUCGAAAGUAGCACUUCCGUUUUCAGUGCUAAAUGGUGCGACAAUGAGUUUUUUUGAUAGAUUCGUGGGAUUGAUUUUUCUCGCGGUAUUUGUGGCUGCUGAUUACAAUCCUUUAGAAGAUCCAAAUAUUUGCGGCUUGCCGACAUGUAAAAUUCCGGAGCAAGUAAAAUUCAAAUACGGUCCAGGCAAGGAGCAAACAUACAAGUAUUCGGUAGCAGUAAGUUCUCUCUUUAAUGGCACCAGCAAAAACGAGUCGACCCUCUACAUCGAAAGCAAAGCUAUUCUGUCGUUUCUAACACCUUGCGACGGAAUAUUGACCUUAUCCGAUGUUAAACUAAGUGAAAACAUCCCUCAUGAAGGGUAUGAUGCGUCCGAGCACUCUAAUAGUCAGUUAUUUGCUGAUGUCAUAACCGCAUUUUCGUUGAGGUUCUCGUUUAGAGAUGGGAUUAUAUCAGAAGUAUGUCCGAGAGAUGAUGAGAAGGAGUGGGCUCUCAAUUUCAAAAAAGGUAUUCUCAGUAUGUUACAGAAUUCAAUGAAAAGAUUUGACCUAGAUUACACAGUGGACGAAGAAGAUGUUAGGGGGAAGUGUCCUACAACUUACAAAGUAUUUGGAGUUAAGGAAACAACAUUGUUGAUAGAAAAGACUAAAGAUUUACAGAAUUGUGAAGGAAGAUCUAAAAUCCAUUCUGCUAUUCAGUCACAAGCUGUUCCACUAUUUCAAAGGAAUUUACGUAAAGACCACAUCUUAAAAUCAACAAGCAGAUGCGUGUUAGCAGUGGACCACAGAAUUUACAAAGAAAUAGUAUGCGAAGAAAACUAUCUUCUCCAACCAUUCUCAACCCAAACUCAAGGAGCUUCCACAACCGUAUUACAAAAAUUGACAUUAUUAAAAGAAAUAGUCACUCCAGCUACAGACGAUACAGAAAUAACCAAGAGAGUUCCGUUAACUUUCCACAAUAUCAUAACCCCUAAGCCGACUCACGAGGACUUGGAGACAUCAAAGGAAUCAAUCAGUGCAUUGUGUAAACUGGAUAAAAUGCCAGACAGAAUGGAACUAUCCGAUUUGUUUAGCAAAUUCAUUCACAGUUUACGCUCCCUAUCAUAUCCUGCUUUGCAGGAACUACACAGUCAAGCGGGCCAUUUCUGUCCGACAGGAAAACGUUUCCUGCUCCACGCCCUCCCAUUUGUGUCAACAAUCGGCUCCAUAUCUAUCAUGAAAGACAUCGUUCUAGACGAAACAACGUCAAAAAGUAUUGUGAAAGAUUACAUAUUCUCGAUAGGUUUUCUGCCGAAUCCUGACAGCGAGAUGAUGGAAGUUGCAUUAAACCUGCUUCAAGAAAAAGAGUUUUCUACUAAUGCUGCCCUCAGUAUAGCCACCCUAACCCACACAUAUUGUUCUCAAACGUCUGUCGAGAAUUGUCGCAAUGAUAUCGCGGUUUCUGGCAUUGUUGAAUAUUAUGAGAAACAUCUUCGACAUUUGUUAGCGGAAAAUAUUGACAGAAAGACGCACGAUGAAAUCAUGGUGACACUGAAGGCAUUGUCUAACAUCGGCAUUAUAUCAGAGGAUUUCGACCAGGAACUUUUUAAACUUAUCGAGAAUUCGGAAGUUGACGUGGCCAUACGAGUCGCGGCUGUUGAAACUUUCCGAAGAACUUCAUGCGAGGAUACCAGAACUUAUUUCGAACAUAUAUUCAGGAAUCAAAAUGUUGAUGCAGAAAUCAGGAUUGCAUCAUAUUUGCAGAUUAUGAGAUGCCCAAAUUAUUUGAUGAUUAGGACUAUAAGGCAUACGCUUAUGAACGAGGAGGUUAAUCAAGUUGGAUCUUUUGUUUGGACACACUUAAAAAAUCUUAUAAAAUCAGCUAGGCCUAAUAAGGUAGAAGUACAAACUCUGUUAACAGAUAAGGACUUAUCUAAAAAAUUUGACAACGAUGUAAGAAAAUUUUCGAGAAAUUUUGAAGGUUCGAUGUAUCUCGAAGAAUUUAAUGUAGGAGGAAAUUACGAGAGCAAUGUUAUAUUUUCGACCAACUCGUAUGUACCUAAAUCUGCAAUGCUGAAUCUGACAGUUGAUUUGUUUGGAGAAUCAUUCAAUAUUUUAGAGAUUUACGGUCGAAUAGAUGGCUUCGAGCAUUAUUUGGAAUCCUUUUUUGGGCCAAAAGGAACCUCAAAAACAUUAAAGGAUAAUAUCAUGGAUACACUCAGGUGGCGAAGGGAUACAAAAAGUAAUGCAAUAAUUAAAAGCCAAGUGGACGGGCUCCCCAAUGUAGUGGACAACUUCGCUAAAGAUCCUAAGGUGGCUUUGGGAUAUAAAAUAUUUGGAAACGAAGCGGAUUAUGUUACUUUUGCAGGAAGUAAUGAAAUUGAAGAUGGCUUAAACAGUCUAAAUCCCAAAACUCUUUUGAAGAGAUUGUUAUCUGGAAAGGAAAUCAAUUACAACAAAGCAGCCAUGUUUUUGGAUGGGAAAUACGUCGUUCCCUGCGCUGCUGGCUUACCUCUUUCGCUUACAGCUACCGGAACAACUGCAAUAAACAUAAAGUUAUUUGGAUCUUUAGGUUCAGUUGGGAUAGCUGAUGGCAGUAACCAAAUUGAAGCUGACUUAACCGCUGAUAUACAACCUACUGUUUCUGUCGAUCUGACUGGGGAAAUGUCAGUUGACGCUUUCUAUGCCAGCACUGGUAUUAAGCUUAAGACGAAUUUUUAUAGUGACAGCGCUAUUAAAAGUGAAAUCAAGAUUAAAGGAACGAAACUCCUUAGCAUUAAAUUUAGUUUGCCUAGAAUAAAGAACGAAAUUUUAGUAGCAAAAUCUGAAUUAAUGGUUAAAAAACAUGGAGUAGAAGAAAUCCAAAAAGGCUUGAACACGAAUAGAAUUUCAAAUUCAAUAUGUUCUUGGCCUUUCAUAGAUCAAACUAUUGGAUUGAAAUUAUGUACUGAAUACAGCUUUGUUAAUAUGUCGAAAUUUAGCAAUCUGCCUGAUUUUCUAAUAGCUGGGCCAGCUCAUUUUAGACACUACAUCGAAAAAGCAGAUCCUACCGCAACAAUUUAUUUAUUUGAAUACAAAUGGGAUCAGAAACCACAUUCUAGUGUCAUAUCCGUCGUUUUUGACACACCAGGCUCUGCUGUCAAACGUCUUAUAUCUGCCAAUAUGACACUAGACAGAGCUACACAUAAUUUAACGAUGUUAAUAGAAUCUGCAGCAGGGAAAGUACUUGCAUAUGGUAGAUACAAAGAUACUCCAAAUGACAAGUUUAUUCAAAUAGAACUUAACAUUAACAACAGAAAGCAUUUCGAUACUAGUAUUUCCCUCAAAAGAACUCCUAUUAUACAUGGAUAUAGAUACGUUCCUAAUUUUUAUUUAGCUGUAAAUGGAGAUAAGGUAGUAACGUUUUCAGGUUCCGUGGAGACAUUAAGCAAGAAAGGUAUUUCUCAAUAUUCAGUGAAACGUCUAAAAUUUGAGACGAAACGAUUCAUGUCAGUGUUAUACGGAUACAUAAUGAAGGGCGAGAGUUCGAUUCAAGGGAGUUUAACUAACGAUUAUCAGUUUGUGAACACGAAAAGACACAGAGUCUCUUUUAAAUUCGGAGCUGGAGACAAAUCUCAUAAGAAAAACAUGAAAGUGUACGGAUCUUUCUUGAAUGUUCUGUCGACUGCUUAUCCCAAUAUGAAUCUGGAUUCGAAUAUUACAUUUCAUAGAAACGACAACCAUAUGGACCUCGUCUUUAAGCUACACCAAAACCCCUCGCCUCACGAACACCCUGAAGCUGAUUACUAUACCUUUAAAUUCGAAACCGUGGCCUCACAAAUGACUUUAAGCAAUGGCGUACGAAGAUUUUCGAUUGAAACUUUGGUUGCGAGAAAAUCGAGCAAUUUGGGUUUGAAGGGAACGUUCACAUACGAAACUCAUAGAUCAGAAAUGAAUUCUAUGCUUGUUGUUAAAUAUGGGGAAAAUAAAGAAGUAUCUGCUACUAUUUAUUAUUCACAUCCAAGAAAAACUUUGACUGAGAUAAAUACACAUAUAAAUGUCACAAUACCAUCGUUUACUCCCAUGAUUUUGGCUUUGGAUAUUAUGGAACAACAUCCCCAUGAUUAUAAGAUAAAUUUCAAGGGUACAUGGUUCAGCGGACACAGGAUGAACGCCGCUGCUUUCUAUCAAGACAAGAGCCGGCCUCUAUCGUCCGAUCACCAUGUAAAGCUUCUUCUGAUGUCUCCCCAUUUUAAAGAUAUCACUAUUGACCUGCAAUUUUAUCGUGACAAUGAUGUAUUGAAGUUCGAACUCAAGGGUGGUUUAGACAAAAAGGAUACUUACGACUAUGCUCUUUCGUAUUUCUCUAAAACCGAAUCAGUAAACUCCACAAGAACUGAAGCUAAAAUUAAAUAUGCAACUCAACUCUAUACAUAUGUAGGGUCAGUAUAUGACGGUGACUAUAAGAAGAUCAAUGCAGAAAUUCAUCUUGAUCAGCUAAGAGACAUUGUUUUCUCCAUUUACCUCUUCAACAUGGACGACGAUAAAGCACUAGAAUUCGAAAUUAAUUGGGACGCAAAUCGACAAGCCAAUCAAAAGUUGAUGAUGACAGCCAAAUACAAAAAGAAUGCAGCGUUCGAUUAUAUUGCUAAUUUUAUCAUCACUUACCCCGGACGCGGCAUAAAAGGAGACUAUAAAUUUUUAAUAGACGGGAAACGUUUAAAAACAUUGUUAAGUGUCUCGUGGGACGUUGAGAAAACAUUUGCCAUCGAUUUAGAUAUUGUGCACGAUUAUGACAAACAAAUUUUCCUGGACAUUGCCUCGGAGUUGAAAACUCCAUUCGAUAAUUGGAAAGUUACACAACUAAAAGGGCGGUUCCAUCAUGAAAAGAAUAAAUAUGAUUUGCGUGGUGUACUAUCCUGGGAAAGAAGGCAGAGAGUUGAGGUUAGCAUUUAUGGUGACUACACAUCUGCUACUAACUUCUUUACGUGUACAUAUAGCUGUUCCAUUGGAAGUUCUAUAGAUAGGGUGCCGAAUAUUAAUAUAACUUUUAGCCAUUUGCAGAAUGGAACUGUGUUUAAUACUGAUAUACAUAUGAUGUAUAAACCUGAUUGCGUCAUCGCUCUGGACAGCAAAUGGAAUGUAGAUCAAGACAAUCUAUACACUAACUUGACAGGUACCAUAAAUUCAAGGACGCCAUUUAAGGGAUUCAACAGAGGCUUUCUAGUGAGCAAAGUAAUGAUAAAAAAUAAAAAUUAUAUAAGAGGAGCAGCACAACUCGACCUGGAUAAAAAAAAAAUCGAUUUGGAUAUGGAAGGGAAAUUUUUAAGACUUUCCAAUUGUAAGCUGAUUAUCAACGCUACGACACCUGAUGAUAAAUACCAAUUAAAAUUUAUUAUUUCUGCCAUAAAGAGGCAUGUGGCUGCUAUGAUUACCUACCCUACAGGAGGAUUAGGUACUGAAGUUUUGGUUACGGUCAAUAGUAUUGUUGAUUUUGAUAUAAGGUUACAUGUUGCGACACCGACUGAAUUUUUGCAAGAUCUGAUUGUUAUCGCCAAGUUGCAACCAGAAGGGGCAGAUUUCCGUAUUGGAUGGAACUUUCUAUUGCUGGGAUUCUCCGGAGUCUGGCAUUAUGCUAAUGUUACAGACUUUGAAUACAGCUACAAGAUUUACACUCCUAUCGAUGGGUUUGAAGAAAACGGUAUCGUUGGCAAACUCAUAUUCAAAGAAGGCUUAGACUUUGAAGUUUCCAUCAAGUUUUCUUACUAUAAGGCAGGCGUCAAACUUCUGGGCCAACCAAAACCGAAGCCCUUCAAAGAACUGGGCGUCGAACUGAAAAAUGUCCGUAUGAGACCCAAACAAACGCAGCAACGGCAAACAGAAGAGAAAGAUUACGAUGAUCCACUUAGCUGGGAAGGCUUAAUAGAAUUGGAUGUCAUAAUUUAUCCCACAAUGAAAGGUGAACUGGAAAUUGACCAGAUAGGAACAUCCUAUAUUUUACGAUCGAAAGUUACGUUGCCUUAUGGAGUCGCUGAGAUCUUCGACGAGCUCGAUUGUGUUAGCAUUUGGAACUUUAAAAAUAACUUGGAAAUAACGACUCCGUACAAGACAAUAAAAACAAUUUUGUCAGAGUUUGAAGUAGACGUUGAAUCUGGACGUAAAUAUAUUUUUGGACUAACGCUUGACUACGUUAAUCAAACAAAAUUAAUUGAGACGGGACUCUACACCAAAUAUCUAGUGGAAUGGAGGAACGAAGAAGAAAGGACAUAUAACGUAACUCUAAAAGUUAAUACCCCAUUUAAAGCUUUGCCAAAGUUGAACUUGUUUGGUGCUUUUGAGACUGAGGAGAAUUUUUAUCACACAAAGCUAUUAUUCAACACAAAUAGAAGUAAUAUAUCAGUGGACGCCACUACCGAGAUUGACAAUGGUCUUCUCGAGCUUACAUCGAGCUUCCAUGUCACUACUCCGGUUAUCUACAUACCUCCUGGAGAAUUAAGAGUGACGAAAUUAUUCGGACUAACGAAUAAUUACGUCGAAGUUAAUGUGAAGAUGCCGGAGAAGCUCAAAACUGCCAUAUACUCAAAGGUAUCUUGGCUGAUAAGAUCUAGGAACGAUUUUCGCGGUUUGGUCCAAUUGGAAACGCCAUUUUCUGGUCUAGAAUAUACAACAGCAGGCUUAGAAGUAUACAUUUCCGAGCUGAGAUCAACGUUCGAGCUUAAGCUCCAGAUUAAUCCAAUUGAAGCUAUGGUGCAUUCCAGUUUAUCCAAUAACGUUUUUACAGCCAAUUCAGAUCUAACGUUCAACGGAUACAAAAUACCGAUAAUUGUCGACUGCGAGAUACUUAAACCGUCGAAAGAUAGAAGAGAUUUUAAAGGCACUCUCAAGUUAAGGGACAAACUGUUCAAAAUAACAGGAAACGCUGCUUUAAUGGACGCCUUACCUAGAGCAGUUUCCGUUAAAUUUACUCCAGAGGACAAUAGCCCUUCCGUAACUUUUGAAUACCAAAUUAACUCAACAACACUCGAUAGAUACGAACUAUUAGGGAGUCUACGACAUUCGGAUAGAUUCACUAGUUUUAAUGCCAAUUUAACUACAACCGGCGAUAACCAUUAUGAGGUUGAUUUGAAGAUUUUGACAUCUAAAAAUGAUACGUUCAUAGUCCACACCUCUGCAGUUUUAAACCCAAAGGAUGCCAGAAUAAACGUACAUGCCGUAACCCCAAUUCCAAAAAUGGAGAAUCCAAAAUUCGGCGCUACGUACAAGAUGAAUGGAUUACAAACUGAUACCUACGGAUUCUUUGAGUUGACAGAUGCUAAAGGGCAGAUCAAUGCAAGUUACAUUUUCAUUUACUUGGAAAAUAUGAUGAUCAACGCCGUUGGAAGAUUUGAAAACAAACAUUACGAAAGCCAGUCUUCGUUAGUUGGAUUUUACGAAAAUCCCCAACUGGCGUUUCACAAGUUUAAAGCUGGAGGGGAUAUAAAAAUUGACAGAUUGUGGGAGGCUGGAUCAAACAUCACUGUUUCAAACCUUCCAGGAAAUAACAAAGCAUUGGAAACUCAUUUUAAACUACCUGAUGAGCACCAAGAAACAUACAGUUUAUUUUCAGAUGUGAAUUAUACAGAUACUUGGUCAAAUAUAGAUUAUUUCAUUAAGUAUAGAACCAGUUAUACUUUGAAAAAAUACGGAUCGUGGGGAAAGAUUUCCACUGAAGACAAGCAGAACUUAUUGGGAGAUAUCGAAGUAGAGUGGAACGGAGAUCGGUUCAACAACUUCGCGAAUUUGAAAAGGUCUGAGGAAACAUUAGACUUGAUUUACAAAUUAAAAACCCCCAAGUUCGCCGAGAAAAGAUUUCUAGUUACGGAAAUUAAGUAUAAAUCAUUGGGCGAUCGUCAUAAUUUAACAUGUGAAGCAUUUUCGCCCGAAGAUCGAUCAAUUGCAUAUGCUACAGUGGAUUAUAAAGAAUUGGCCAAUAUGAAUGGAAUGUUCAAUAUUUCCGUUCCGCAGAGAGCCUCGAACUACACUGGGGCAUACUUCAGAACAAAGACCAAUGCCAACGCUUACAAUCGAUACAUCAAGGUAUUUUGGGAUGGUGAUAAUGCACUUUUAGACAGCAAGUGUGACGUUAAAACAGGGCCUACUUUGUUGGAUCGCAACACGAAGGGUAAAUUAAUCAUUGAAUUACCCCUGACUACGAGACAUAUUGCCUUGGUUGACUAUGAUUAUAAUGAAAAAGCGAAACUCAGCGUAGGCCAGGCCACGGUCAAUUACAAUGGUGAUAGAGUCCUGGAGGGAAAAUAUAACCGGCUGUCACAAUCCCAAGCGGGCAAGGAUACCGAUACGGUCCACGUAGAACUUCAUAAUGAACUUGUGCCCGUUGGAGCAGAUUACAUUUACAAACAUGAGUAUGGAAUGCCAGAAGAAGCAACAAGGGACAACCGCCAUAUCCAUUUAUACAAUUUGAAAAACGAAACGAAAUUCAACGUUUCCGGCGAACUGGAUAUAUUAACAAAGUGGAGUGGUCAAGAAUAUAAGCUAACUGCCCUCCACUCAAAUAGGAUUGUAAAAUUCUGGACAGACUAUGACAUUCUGGAUAAAGGGUACAAGCAGCAUUCGAGGUUGGAGUUAAGUCCCUCCAAUUGGAUUGAAUACGACCUCAAUCUCUUUAACAAGAGUCUGGACGAUACAACUGACGCACAGCAAGUUGUCAUUAACGUGAUCUACCCUCGUCGCAGUUUCACGGCUCAAGGUUUCUAUAAUGUAAGUGAUUCAAUUGUUUCAACUGACGUGUCUCUGGUGUACGACAAGGACAAUAAGACCGUUCAAGCAGGACUGGAUUGGCGACGUGUCUCCCUCUAUCGCGAGCAAUUAUUAUUUCAGAUUAAACAUCCUUCUUUCGAAAGGGAUGUAACGUUCGACAGUGAGUAUGGAUACGAUAAAUCCUCAAUCGAUGGGCAACUGCUGGUGAAAUAUUCAUUAAACCCAGAGCAAAUGUUAACGUUGCGCGGGAAAGUAAAUGAUAACUCUAACUCAUUGACCUAUAACUACUCAUACAAUGUGUGGGCAGAGCACGCCGAAACAAAUUUGAAUUUAAAUUCCAGAGGCGACUUUUACUGGAACCCCAGCGCUUUUGGCACCGAGCACAUUACGAAUUAUCAGCGUUCGUAUUUGCCGCUAUCUAAAUCUGAAACAUUGGCGAGAGUAAGUCUGGAUAACAACGAAAUAGAAUUAAAGAGAAACAAUAUAGCAAGUGGAAAAUCUUAUUUCUGGGGAAGAUACGGCGGAGAAUAUCCAGUUUACACGGCAAACAUGUCAGCCAUCUACGAUACUAAUAACACGGAAGGGGAAUUUUACAUUAAUUUCAAGAAGAAGUUACUUUACUUAAACCUCAACAUGACAGAAGAUGGAUCCCAAAGUCUUCACAUGCACGGACUUAUCCCAGACGCUCGUAGUGCCCACUUUGACAUUUGGAGAGAUUACGAUGACAAGAGAAUAUCCGAUGUGGCCUACUUUCUGCGAUUAAAUCAUUCACGUCUGAUAAUAUCCAGCUUAACAUGGAGACCAGAUCUAAUCAGUGACGUUACGACUGGUUUGCGGGGUAACAUUAAGAACAUGUACGAAGAUACUCUUGAAGCAAUCAACAACACAAAACAAUACAUUAAAGCUGAAACUGUAGAUGCGAUAACUGGAAUAUGGGUGGAUGCCAAACCAUUUUUGACAGAUUUCUUACGCGAUCUCAGGAAUAUUUCUCAUAUAAGAGAAGAUAUUGAGGAUUUCACAGUGUUCUUGAACAAGUCUUACCAAGCUAAUGACUUUUAUAUUAAAGAUACAACUAAUCUACUCAUUACUUUGUUUGAUGAUCUUGCGAUCAAGUCUCAUCUGCAGACUCUACCCAAAAUUGUGCAAGAUAUUUGGGCAGCGAUGGGAGAUUCUGGGGAAAAAAUUAAAAAAAGUAUUGCAUGGGUUAUCGAAGAGGCUAAGACUAACUACAAAAAGGCAACAGAAUUUAUACACGGACUUUUAAAUGGCGAUCCCAUAGAGCAUUUAACUAUGGGCCUUGAUAAACUUGUAGAAAAAUAUGAUGAAUUUAUUAAAAAUCUUCACGUAGCAGUUAUACAAUACAUGGAAUCUUUGUGGGCACAGAUGUCUGCUCUUGUGGUUGAACAUUGGCAUAAAACUUUAGCCAGUAUAGAGCCAACAUUUUUAAAAUUAUUGCAUUACAUAGAAUCGAUAGCUUGGAAUACAGGAAAGGAAUUUUUAGAUUUUUUGUACAUUAGGAAAAACGAAAUAAUUGAGUCCCCUUACUUUUUGCGUUUCACGAAGUUCUCCCAAGAUCUUGACAAGUUUUACAAAGAUAUAACAGGAAAUAACACAAUAGCCAGCCUUUACAAAUAUUCUCAAAUAGCUUGGAAUUUCCUAAAAGAGAAAUACUUGACAGUAAUCCCCUUUGGAAAAGAAACAAUCGACGUGAUAAACGAAAUUUGGUACGAGUUAACGCAAAUCGCCGAAAUACCAUCUAUUAGGUUUUUAAUAAAUGAAUGGGAUGAGGCUUAUGAUUAUUUCAGAUACUAUUACGAUUAUUUCGAUAUGGAAACCAAAAUUCACAAACUGAUUCAAAUAAUUUAUGUGAAAAUUUCGGAUAUGUCAGUCACUGCCCUGGAAAUUGAAAAUAGGCAAAGAGUAGCAAAAACCAAGUUCAUUUUUGAACCAAAUGAUGGUCUUAUGCUACUUGAACAAAAAUUACCCAUGUCUUGGCACGCUUUCAAUGAAACCCCUAAAUUUAAGGAAAUUCCAGAGAUAAAGAGACUAUUUGAGAUUCAAAGUUACUUGGAAGAAACUGAAAUUUCAUUCUGGAAUUUGUAUUAUGAUUAUAAACCAUGGUUAGACCCCAGCGACUGGGUACCACCGUUCAAAGGACACGCUAUGAUAGUAGGAUCAAAAUUCUACGCAACAUUCGAUCAGAAAUUCUAUGAAUUCCGCGGAACAUGUACUUAUUUAUUGGCACAAGACUUUGCAGAUAAAAACUUUACCAUUCUUAGCUCAUAUGACAAUACUGGAAAAACCAACGAACUUAUACUGAUCCUGAGAAAAGAAAUCGUACGAAUCAACAUCUUUAAUGAUAAAGUUCUAGUUGGAGAUUCUAAAAUAGAACGGCUUCCCAUGCAAAUUGGAGAAACAUAUCUUUACAAAGAUUCAGGGAUAUUCAAAGCAGAAAGUCAGUUAGGAUUUAUCUUGGAGUGUAAUAUGAAGUUCCAUACCUGCAUGUUUGAAAUGUCUGGGUGGUACUUCGGAAAAACUGCCGGAUUGUGGGGAACUUAUAACAACGAACCCAUUGACGAUUUCUUAACCUCAAACAAAACUCGAGCAACUAAUUCUACCAUCGAACAAUUUGGAAACAGUUGGGCCUUGGAUAAAAAGUGUAAGACUGGCGUUGCAGAAAAAUCUAAACAACUGAAUCAAAAAGAUGUCCCUAAGGAUGUUUGGAUAUUGUGCUCAGAAUUGUUCUCUAAUAAGGUGUCACAAUUGAGUACUUGCUUUUCAAGAGUGCAGAAGGAUAGCUUCCUAAAUAUGUGUUUGAAUAGUAAAACAAGAGAAGAAGCUUGUAUGGCGGCAGUAUCUUAUAUUAACCUAUGUUCAUAUGAAAAUACACCUUUAAGGAUACCAGACACAUGUGUUAAGUGUAAUUUACUAAAUGGCUCCGAGUACAACGAAGGUGACUUCAUUCGAUUACAAGGAAGCCAUGUUCCACAAACUGCGGAUAUUGUUUUUAUAGUGGAAGCGAAGGAGUGUAACAAAGACCUUAGAAAAGCUAGAAACUUUGAGACCGUUGUCGAGACGAUAGAACGGGAGCUGGAAGCAAAUAAUAUUAAAAACAACCGUUAUGCUAUAGUUAUUUUUGGUGGAAAUGGAGUUUAUGAUGAGCCAAGAAGCAUUAUUCUCAAUGGAAAAACAUUCACUGAUUCAAAAUCGAUAUAUCAAUACUUCGAUAACAUUCCUGUUGGACAUGGCAACAGUGAUAUAUUCAACGGUAUCAUGUUUGCAUAUAAUCUUAUAUUCCGACCGGGAGUUUCAAGAAAUUUUGUUUUGGUACCCUGCUCAGAAUGUAACAGGAACAACAUGCUUCACGACUAUUCGACAAUUCAUCAGCUACUAUCGGAAAGUGCCAUUUCCCUGCACAUUUUAAUGAACAAUCAGUUUACAAUGCAGAAAGAACGAGAAGCCAGAAUUCCUUUUGGUAUCGACAGGCGAUUCGCAUACACCAAACGCGAUGUAAAAAGUCUUGCGGGAGAUCAGGCACUUAGGAAAUCAAUCAUGCUUCCCAAACCCACUUUAGGUCUUUGUCUGUCUCUGUCUCUGGAAACCAAUGGUACGAUAUUUAGCGCGAAAUUUUUGGAGACAGAAAAGAAGAAUUCUAAGAAGUUUGCAACGGUAUUUGCCAAGGCUGUUGCAAGGACAGCAACGCCAAAGCAGUGCAUAGACUGCGAAUGUACAGCACCAAAUUCAGGAGUGUCUUACAUGGAAUGCUUCAUUUGCACUAUGCCAAAUUCUAUUAGAAAUAAUUUUGAGUUUCCUGGACUGGAAGAUGAUGAUUUUAGUCUAUUUGAAGGAUUAAUGUGGUCAUAAACAUCAAAAUAAAAUAAUUUAGAUAAUAAAUGCCUUUUGUAAAUAUUUUAUGAAUAUAUAUUUUGGAAAAAAUAAGCAAGAUCUCAUUCGUCAAAUAUGUAUCCUUUCAGCCAUUUUUAUCAUUUAAAAUAUAAGCAAAUUAUUGAUUGAAAUAUAGGUUUAAUUCAUAAAAGUGUACCUAAUUUUAAUUUAAAUAAUAGAUGUUAACCAUCAUUCGAAGUGUAGUGGUUAAGUGGUAAGUACUUUAAUUUACAUUAUUUUAUUUAUUUUUAUAAAGACAAAAAUUUUGUUUUUGUUUAAUAAUAAAUACUUACUCGAGAAAGACCCACGCCGCCCGCCCUAAAGUAAUUCUGAUACUACAUUGCAAGAAGAAAACAAAUUUAAUUUCGAUUUUGGCAAUAGAUAUGGAAGUAACAUAGGUUGCCUUUUCCCAAUUAGAAUUGGACAUUUUUUGCGGAAAAUAAUUUUGAGGACAUUAAACAGAAUGAAAAUAAUUUUCAGAAACUAUGAAAUUCCAAACUCCUUAUAUUCAGUUAAUUUUAGAAUAAUUUUAAAAAGUGGCAACGUCGCAUUCGGUAUUUUUGUGUCUUCUACACAUCAGUUACAAAGUAGAUCAAAUUAAGACGCAGAAAAUUUUUAGUUUUAUUUGUUUAAAUAAAAAAUAAUGUUUAUAAAAGUGAUUGGUCCUUUUUGAAAGGUGCAUUAUGUCAAUGUCAAUCUCAUAAAAUGUAAAUACUGUAGAUAUUAACCAUGGGCGUAAUAAAAAACGUGCUAGAAUUUGAUUUAUUUCUUGAUAUAAAUAAUAAUUGAAGAAACAGGUUAUUUUAAUGUAUGGGCAUUGACAG